AUGACCGGCGAGAAGCUGCGCUCGCUGCGCAGGGACCACAAACCCAGCAAGGAGGACGGGGACUUGCUGGGGCACGGCGAGGAGGAGGCGGCCGCCGCGCCCGGAGCCAUCUUCACCGGGGGACGCGGGAGCGGCGGCAAAGGCGGCCGGGCCGGGGGGCACCGCAUCUUCAGCAACCACCACCACCACCAGCAGCGGCUGCCGCCGAAGGGCGGCCUGGCGGGCGGCGGGACGGGCCCGGCCGCGGAGCCCGAGCGGAGCCCCGCGCACUUCCCCGUGCACGAGUGCGUCUUCAAGGGGGACGUGAGGCGGCUGUCGGCGCUCAUCCGCACGCAGGGCAUCGGCCAGAAGGACAGCCACGGAAACACUCCUUUGCAUCUUGCUGUGAUGUUGGGACAUAAAGAAUGUGCCCACUUGCUUUUAGCCCACAAUGCUCCAGUAAAGGUGAAAAAUGCUCAGGGAUGGAGCCCUCUUGCAGAAGCCAUCAGCUAUGGAGACAGACAAAUGAUUACAGCACUCCUAAGGAAGCUUAAACAGCAGUCCAGGGAAAGUGUUGAAGAAAAGCGACCUCGAUUAUUAAAAGCCCUGAAAGAGCUAGGUGACUUCUAUCUAGAGCUUCACUGGGAUUUUCAAAGUUGGGUGCCUUUACUCUCCCGAAUUCUGCCUUCUGAUGCAUGUAAAAUACACAAACAAGGUAUAAAUAUCAGGCUGGACACAACUCUGAUAGAUUUUACUGACAUGAAGUGCCAACGAGGGGAUUUAAGCUUCAUUUUUAAUGGUGAUGCAGCACCCUCUGAAUCUUUUGUAGUUUUAGACAAUGAGCAAAAAGUUUACCAGCGAAUACAUCAUGAGGAAUCUGAGAUGGAAACAGAGGAAGAGGUUGACAUUUUGAUGAGCAGUGAUAUUUACUCAGCAACGUUAUCAACCAAAUCGAUCACCUUCACACGUGCCCAAACAGGGUGGCUUUUUCGGGAAGACAAAACAGAAAGGGUAGGGAACUUUUUGGCAGAUUUCUACCUGGUGAAUGGACUUGUAUUAGAAUCAAGAAAAAGAAGAGAGCAUCUCAGUGAGGAGGAUAUUCUUCGAAAUAAGGCUAUCAUGGAGAGCCUGAGUAAAGGUGGCAACUUAAUGGAACAAAACUUUGAGCCGGUCAGACGACAAUCCCUUACUCCACCAUCACCCAAUACCAUUACAUGGGAGGAGUACAUAUCUGCUGAAAAUGGAAAAGCUCCUCAUCUGGGUAGAGAACUGGUCUGCAAAGAAAGCAAGAAAACCUUUAAAGCAACAAUAGCGAUGAGCCAGGAAUUUCCGCUAGGAAUCGAAUCAUUAUUGAAUGUUUUAGAAGUAAUUGCACCAUUCAAGCACUUUAACAAACUCAGAGAAUUUGUUCAAAUGAAGCUUCCACCAGGCUUUCCUGUAAAAUUAGAUAUUCCUGUGUUUCCCACCAUCACAGCCACUGUGACUUUUCAGGAGUUCCGUUACGACGAAUUUGAUGAAUCCAUCUUCACGAUUCCUGAUGACUACAAGGAGGACCCCAGCCGCUUCCCUGAUCUCUAAUUAAACUGGAAGGUUAAUGGUGAAUAACAAAGUAACAAUACCAGCGUACCACAGUGAAAGCAAAUGGAUGCAAAUAGCCCACGGAUAUAGACAGAGAAGUGGGUGACAAGGGAAAGGGAUGAACUUACUAAUCCAGAAGAAAAGGGAAUGUGCAUCAAAUGACUGAUCUACUGACACUGUCGUGGGCAUCUAAUCUAGUUCCUGAUGGACAGCAAGUCUCCUGAUGUGUCCUUCACACGUUUGUACAUCCAGUGCUGCAGGCGAGGUCGUCUGCCGCCUCAGUGGCCCUGAGGAUGCUCAACAGCUGUGAGGACUGUCAUUUGUUUUUAAAUUUUUUUACAUUUCUUGUUGAUACAGAAAGCACUCUUGGACCAUAGCGUAAAGGUUGAAAUGUCUUAGCUGCAUACUCGUCCUUUCCAACGUCCCACCCUACUUAAAGAUGACCAUAUUAUAUUCUUUCAAGCUUUGUUUUCAAGAAGUGUAAACUAUGUAUCAUUCUGUAUACUUCAGUACUCUGAAUGUUAGUUGAGCGUAAGUUAGGAGGAACGCGUUUUCUGUAGCCGAAUGAACCAAAUGGUAACCAUUAAACGAUUGCAUUUUCCUACUGCAA